CGCCCUCCCCCGCUGCGGGCGAGGGGCGGGGCCGGCGCUGCGCGGCCGCCGCCCGCCGCCUUUAUCUGUGGUGGCGGCGCGGGGGGUGGCACUGGGGAACACCUUGGUGUGAGAUACGGGCUAUAAAUACGGCGCCGGGGAUGGGAGCGCGGCCACGGGCGGCGGCGAAGGCCUCCGGAGCACGCAGGACUCUGCUCGCCAGCAGCCGCCGAGCCCAGCCCGCGGCGGAGGGCGGCUGGUGCCGCUAACGCGGAGCAGGAGGAGGAGGAGGAAGAGGUCGCCGCCGGAGGAGCCCUGCGGUCCGGUCCAAGCCUCGUCGCUGAGCUCGCCCGCCCAGCCGCCGACAUGAUGCAGAUCUGCGACUCGUACAGCCAGAAGUACUCCCUCUUCAACGCCAUGAACCGGUUCAUCGGCGCCGUCAACAACAUGGACCAGACGGUGAUGGUGCCCAGCCUGCUGCGGGACGUGCCGCUGCUGCUGGAGGAGCUGGACGCGGCGGGCGCCGUGUGCCCGCCCCGGGAUGCUGCCCUGUCGCCCGGCGACCCCGGCGCCUACUUCUCCCGCAGGGACAUGUACAGCCACUACAUGCUGCUCAAGUCCAUCCGCAACGACAUCGAGUGGGGCGUGGUGCAGCCGCCGGCGGGCGAGGAGGCGGCCCGCAAGAAGGACAAGCUGGGCGGCGGGCCCGCCGAGGAGGGUGAGGGGGAGGAGGAUCUGGAGCAGCAGUUCCACUUCCACCUCAGCGGACUCCACUCGGUCCUCUCCAAGCUCACCCGCAAGGCCAACGUCCUCACCAACAGAUACAAGCAGGAGAUCGGCGUCAGCAGCUGGGGGCACUGAGCGUCGGGGUGGGGAGCGGGAAAGGGGCGCCUGGCCGGGAGCGGCGCGUCCCCGCCCGGCGCUGCCGCUGCUGCCGCGGCGGUGGCGAGGGGCAGCGCCCCGGGCCGAGGCUCCCCUGCGCACUCCCAGGACUGCAGCAGGUUUUCUACCAACGCACAAGCGAGAGAGAGAUGUAAAUUAAUCAAUACUAGUUUAUUAAUUAUUUUGACCCCCUCCGUGGUUUUUUCACUGUACGGUCCGGGGCGAGCAGUUGCUGUGCCCGCCCGGGCGGGGAGGCUGAACACCUACGUGUACUAGGUGGUGGUGUGGCUGGCUGAUAAGGAGGCUCAACCCAAGCCGAUGAACAUAACGAAACUGGCACUAAAUUGCUUCUGUUACCCCGGAGGGAACCCAGUGGGCUAAGGAGCAUCCCUCUGUUGCGGGACAGAUUGCGGGUCCCACGGUUGUACAUGUACUGGAGUUUUAUUUAAACCUUUUUUACUCAGAUGUAGAGUAUAUUCUAAAAUAAAUGCAAAUGUAUUAACUAAGAGUGACUUAAACUUUUGGUAUGAUUUAUGUUUCUUUAAUUAAAUGAUAUUUUUAACAUCUGGAA